GUGCAAGAUCUACGAUUGGGUUAAGGGCGUCGAGGUAAUCGCUGAAGGUUUUAUGGGUUCGACUGACCCAUAUGAGAUGGUGAACAAUGUUCCUUUGGGUCCGAAUGCUGUAGUUAUGAGAGUUGCUAAGGUGAUUAAUGGGAAAGCUUUUCUAUGGAGGCCAACAAGUGACAUGACAACAAUGAGUGAUGCUGUUAAUGAAAAGAUCGCAUGGCCGCUCCAUAAUGUAUCAGUAAUUAAAGUUCCUGAAGAUGAAGGGGAAGCUAGUGUCAGAAGGCCUUCAUUGAGUCCAAGUGGCAGCACUAGUUCCACCGUUCAGGUGGUAAAAAGAAGUGCAUCUGUUGGACCACAACAACUCAGGACGGAAAGUCGCAGAAGGCAGAGUAAGUAG